CCGCGCGGCGCGACAUGGCGGAGCGGGCGUUGCGGGGCGGCGGGCGGUGAGGGGGCGAGCGGGCUGCCCCGAGGGUCGCCGCCACCACCAUGACCUACACGGCGGAGCAGCUGGACGGCGUGAAGCGAAUAAAGAGGUGUCGGAACUACUAUGAGAUUCUGGGGGUGGAGAGGGACGCCGGCGAGGAGGAGCUGAAGAAAGCCUACCGCAAGCUGGCCCUGAAAUUUCACCCUGACAAGAACCGUGCUCCUGGGGCGACGGAGGCGUUUAAAGCAAUAGGCAAUGCUUUUGCAGUUCUCAGCAACCCUGAAAAACGAUUGCGAUACGAUGAAUUCGGAAGCGACCAAGAGCAUGUCAGCACUGGCCAGGCCAGGCACUAUAAUUACUACACAGAAUUUGAAGCGGACAUUACACCAGAAGAAAUAUUCAAUGUCUUUUUUGGCGGGCACUUUCCUACAGGAAAUAUCCAUAUGUUCUCAAAUGUAGCCAGAGAUGCACAUUAUUAUCCCCGGAGGCACCGACAUGAGAGACAAUGGACACAGGAGCCAGAGGAGGAAGAAAACAGGCCACAGAAUUCGUAUUCUGCAUUUAUUCAGCUGAUGCCAGUUUUCAUAAUAAUAAUUGUGUCGGUUAUAACCCAACUGAUGGCCACCAACCCACCCUACAGCCUAUUCUACAAAUCGUCCAUAGGCCACGUUAUUAGCAGAGAAACAGAGAACUUGCAGGUGCCUUACUAUGUUGAUAAAAACUUUGAAAAGAACUAUCAAGGAGCAGAACUUCAAGAGCUAGAGAAAACCGUGGAAAAAGAUUACAUAGACUACAUUCAGACCAGCUGCUGGAAGGAGAAACAGCAAAAGUCUGAUUUGUCAAAUUUGGCCAAGCUGUACAGAGACGAGCGGUUAAAACAGAAAGCGGAGUCGCUGAAACUUGAGCACUGUGAGAAGCUCUCCAGUCUGAUCGGGAUGCACAAAGGGCGCUGAGCGGGACGCACACCUUCUCUGAUUUUAUUUAUUGCCGUUUUAACUUAUGUUUUAAUUUUCCUUUGUAUAAGAAGGGAAGGAGUCUAUUGUAAAGAGUCUGAACAUUCGAAUCCUCCUGCCUCUGGCGCAGAGAGGGGCCGACACGCGCUGUAGAGCCAGUGUUGCUGUAAUAUACACUGUACACUAGAUGUGGUUCCAAGGACCAGUGGCACUUUGUAAAUUAAUUCCCCGUUAGUUUGGAACCUGUCUUCGUCGGUAGUUUGUCUGCCAUCCACAUCCAAACAGUAUAUGAUUCCCGGGAGAGCAGACAAAUGUCUUCACUGUCUGUGUUUCACAAGGACCUGCCAUUCUCUCCAUCGUAGGAGCGGCGUAGCUCUCGGUGUGAAGCACACUUGCCUUCUCACACCGAUUCCCAGUGGCUGUCCCUGCUGCUGCAGUGGUUUGUAAUGGGAAUUUAGGCACGUUUUUCCUCUUGGAGCGUAACACGGCGAUGCUUAAUUCGAGAGAACUGAGCACCUGCCUGAGGCGAGCGCUUGAGCCGGCUGCCGGCUCUCCGUGGCGUCACAGGGACCUCACCCCGUGCUGUUACCUCGGGGAUGUUCCUUGGUUACCUCGGGGACCUUCCUUGGGAUGCCAUCAGCAGCGUCGGAUGAGAAGACAGGAGUCUGUGAGCGGCACCAGGUCUGCCAAACUGUGGAGAAAGGACAACUCUUAUUUAUUUCCUCAUAGGUUUUCAGUGGCGUAUUUUUAAGCUGGCUGUUCAAGUCUGAGUUUUAUCUGCAAACUCUUCUCCAGCUGUUACAGGGGUCCUGCUUUCUCUGGUACCGUUUCAAUGUAGCAUAUUUUUACUCUGUUGAGUAGUUAUGAAUGUUCCACUGUAGAGAUUAUUAUUGCAAAGAAAAAGAUCCACCUG